AUGAGCUUCAAGCUUCCAAAAGAUGGCCAGACCUUAGUCUAUUCCAGCGCUGAGGAGCAUGAUGUCAAACUCGACUACUACCUUCCAAAAGCUACCGGAGCUCUCCCAGCUAUACUUUACUACCAUGGCGGCGGAAUGACAGCUGGUUCCAGGCGCAGUGUGCCAUAUCCAAGCUGGCUCUAUAACCACUGCCAAGAAAAAGGUUACAUCUUCAUUUCCGCCGAUUACCGCCUCUGCCAUCCAUCAACAACGUUGGAUCAAAUUGAAGACGCAAAGGCAUUGUUCAAAUAUCUUGCCGGGGAGAAGUUUGCCAGUCAUCUGCCCCAGACUGUAUCCCUUGACACUACCCGCAUCGCAGUGAGCGGGUUCUCUGCAGGCGCGUACUCGGCCCGUGCCGCUUGUGUUUACGCCAAUCCUAAACCUGCCGUUUUGCUCUCUGUGUAUGGACUUGGUGGCAAUAUGCUUCUUGAUCACUGGACGGCUGCCCGACCACCUACAUCGAUUGCCAAAUUCGUCGAUUUGAAUGAUGUUUCCAGGUUGCUGGCAGAUAAGUCGGUUAUCAGCGAUGAUAUGAAGGAGGAUGAGCGAUUGUCUAAGCGGUUUGCACUUACGGUUCGUUGGGAGCUGGAUGGCACGUUUUUGGAUGGGUGUUUUGGUAGACCUGGUCUCGGAGCUAUGUUGAAUGCCGUUGAAUACUCGCUGCGAGAUGCCACAGUCCCUGUGGAAUUAAAGCCUGGGAUUUUGCAGUCGUUCGUCACCGAGGAGUACCCGCCAUCUGUGUUUGUGCAUGGUACAGCGGACGAGGUUGUUUCGGAUCAAGAAAGCAUCGAUCAUCAUGAACAGCUCAACAAGCUCGGGGUGAGGUCGAGUCUUUUCCUUGUUGAAAAUGGCCGACACGGAUUAGAAGAAUUUUCAUUUGAUCAUGACUCAGAGGUGUCGAAAAGCACGACUAAGGCAUACAAAGAGGCGCUUGCAUUUAUAGAUGACGUUUUCAUGACAGCUUAG